CAAAAGGCGCGAAUGACAUUUUGCGGCCAUACUUCCCAGACUGUCUACUUAUUUUGACAUGUUCCGCCGGAAUCUACAUUGAUGAUAUCGCAUAGUAUUCAAGACACAUAAGGCGCCACUGAACAGUUGCGAAGUACCAAACAUUCACCGAGUGGUUUCAGGUACGUAAAUACCUUUGCCAGGUGGCGAUGGAAGAUGAGCUGGAGCUUUUCAUCAGGGAGCGCAAGGCCAGAGUGGCCCAAGAUAGAGCCAGUUUGGAGCUGGAGCCUCCUUACAUGGAAAUCCAGACAAAACCUCACAGAAGCUUUGGAUCCCUGCUCAAGGAGAACAUCCCUCCCAAGUUAACUGUGCAGGAGCAAGAGGAAAGCAGCAAUGUGGGUCUGCCCCUCGGUGUGGAAUAUGAAAAGAAGAAAAAGAGGCUUCAGCAUGAGCUUCGUAUGGACUACAGACGAUACAUUGCACAGCAAAAUGGUGUCCUCAGACAGCGCCCCCCUUCACGGAAGAAUGUAGCAACUUGGACAGAAGCCAUUAAGGAGUCUCACAGAGCUCUUUCCCCUCCUGAGGGUUCCAGACACCAGGUAAGGCGAGAGUUGCCUGUGGACCAGGAGUCAGAGGAGGAGCAGUACACUAAAGAGAAGCUAAUAGAUGUUGGAAGUAGCAGGCGAAUGGGGUUGGACUCCAGUUACGAGAAGGCACAACACAAAAGGGAUGAUGGCAGGGAGAAGAGGGACGUUCCUACAGAUUUUGUCGGACAAAGCAGGCGAUCAAGAACACUGAACAAAACUGAUGAAGCGGAAUUUUCUACUGGCCUUUUAAUUGGAGAAAUUGAUACAGAUGAAGCCUUACAGAGCAGGAAAGAGCGCUACAGAGAGGAGCUGCAGGAACAGAUUGCUGAGCAACACAGAAACAAAAAGAGGGAGAAAGAUUUGGAGCUAAAAGUUGCUGCAACGGGGGCAAAUGAUCCAGAGAAACAGCCCAACCGAAUCAGGCAGUUUGGACUGGGCAAAAGAAAAGAGUCUCAGCUAUUGGGGCAUCCGAUGUUGGGACAGGGCGAAUCAUCAACAAGCCUACCUAAUCAUAGCAAGACUGACGUUGGAGGCAGGUGGACGCCUCCACCAGAUCACCCCCAUGUAGCCUUUCAGUCCCCAAUGUUUGACUGCAGCAGUGCCGCCGUAAACCAGAAUGGAAGUGGGCUGGCUCCCAAUAGACAGCCUGUUGCGCUCUCCUUCCCCAGAGCUAUGGACACGUCCAGAAUUACUUUGCUCCCUCCUCAUCACCCCCACAUAGUCAGUGAAGCCUACAGGGGUCCCUAUCGCGAGCCCCAUUACUACUACGGUAACGGAAACCUGCUUGACCCAAACCUUGCCUACUACGGUCAUUUGCCUUACCCUGCUGUGGGACUUCCACUGUCUUAUUAUAACAUGCCACCAAGAGGCGCUGUGCCUAGUCAACUUGGUGACACCAGCCCUCAAAGUGGAAGCAGUAUCCCUGAGUCCUCACCACACCCCAAUACUAAGACUGUUACAGCAGCCCCCCAUACUGGGCUUUUCCCUCCAGAGAGGCCAGGAUCAACCAGGGAAAGGACUUUGAGCUAUAGAGAUGACCUGAAAAAACAGAUUCAGGAGGAACAAGUGCGAAAGCGUGUGGAAAGGGAGGAACAGGAGCGUUACGAAGCCAAGCUCGAGGCCGACAUGAAGAGGCAUCAGCCUUGGGGUCGAGGUGGAGGUGGAGCCCCACUCAAAGACAGUACAGGAAAUCUCAUUGCGGACCUCAAACAGAUGCACAAGUUGAAUGAAGAGGCCUACAGUAACCCAGAGCAGCAACAGAGAGCCCCAACUGUGAUGGCAGCCAGCCCAGCUGAGCACGCUGACCCCAAUGACGGGGUCUCUGGACACCAGAUCUACAUGUUGAAUGAAGAAUCCCCCAGUAACCCAGACCAACAACAGAGAGCCCCAGUUGAACACACUCACCCCAACGACAGGAUCUCUGGCUUCACCCAUGUUCAAACACCCCAGUUUGCUAGGGGCAGUGUGAUUACCAACCAGCCUACACCGCAGCAACUCAAUGAGCAGCACAAGCAUAAAGCUUACCUAAAACAGCAGAUUGAGGAGAAACUGCAUAAAAAGGCAGAGGAGAGGGAACGGAACAAACAGGAGGAUGAAAAGCUAGAGAGGAAGGUGGCAGAGCAGAUGGCUCGCAUCAAGAGGGAGUAUGAAGAAGAACAAGAGAAGAAGAAACAGAAAGAGUUAGAGCAAAAAGCCAAGGAACAGAAACUCCUUAAACUGGCUGAACAGAGGAAAAUGGAAACGGAAAGAAAGAAGACUGAAGAGAGGGAGAAAGAGAAGAAGCAACGUGAGCAAGAGAAGCAGGCCCAGGUAGAAAUGGUCCACCAUGAGUCGUCCGCUCCGAUUCCUACCUUGCACGGGACCGCUCCGAUUCCUACCUUGCACGGGAAACUUGUGCCACAGCAGUACAUCUCCGGGCCAGCCGUUGUUGAGAGUCGUCACUCCACUGCCCCACUGUCUGAGCGAUCUUUGUCUGGGAACCAGUCUCCCCCUGUCCCUGCUUGUAGGAAUCAACUACGAGCUGCAGUCGGUAAACUUGACGUGUACAGUGAACUGUCAGCAUUGCGUCAGCAGCUUCGCGCUGAGCAAAAGCGACUUGAACGUCAUCUGCAGCAGGGGGCUUGUGAUGAAAUAGACUCCCUUAUAACUGGAAGACAAGCACGUCCAAAAGUGGAUGUUUUUGAUAUGGCGAGGCUGCGGCUCCAGGCUCCAGUUCGAAAGCCCCACUCCAGAAACAUGGAACCAAGUAAUCUGCUGCGGAUUCAUGACUCACUUCAGCUCGAUUACUUAGAUUGUGAAUCCAGGCUCAGCUCCAAUGAGAUUGAGAGGAUGGAGAGAAUGGGUGUGGCCAGCAGAAGGAGGCGAGUCUACAAUGAUCCUCAUCAGAAGCUCAGUAGCCGGCGAUCCACACACACAAAUGAUUAUUUUGACAUGUCCCUUCCUCAUCAAAACGAUCUGGGGAGCGUGAUGGGGCGACAUGCAAGAGGAUCUCUCCUGGAGUCGGAUAGCGCUUUUCUUGCCCCUUUGGGAGAUGCUUUUCCUGUGCCAAGCUCCCCGGAGGGUGAGGAGACACCCCAGCUCUCAGCCCGGGCAAGGAGGAGGCUGACCAGACACUUCCAGCAUUCCCCGGAAAGAGACAACCCCACCCACUCACGUAGCAGGAAGCAGAGAGAAGCGGAGUCGAGCAGUGAGGAAAAAAGCCAGGAAAAGUUGUCCCCCAGUCGUCGUGGCAACACAGCGGGAACUGUGGAUCUAUCUGAUGAUGACUUGUUACCUUCCCAAAUUUCUCGCCUCACUCACAACCUUCAAAGUUCAAUAGAAUCCUUCUCAACGGAUUCCUGGAUGCGACCGGGUACUUCAGAAACUCUCAGUUGUUUAGAGGGAUCAGUGAAGAGGGACUGAUUGACAACAUAGGAGCCUGUCCACUCUGUCACUGCACAGACAAAUGUGUCGGUGGGAAUGUUUAUUUCUGAGCAGGAAUUUAGUGUCAGUUUUCAGUGACCUUAGAGGCCAACUUUUUAUUUAAUAAUUUAUUUUACAAUGUAUUGAUACAAUAACAUUUUGAAUAAAUAUUCUUAUGGA